UGAUAUAAUAAUUAAAGGUCGACUGAACAUGAAUUAUAUUAUACAAUUUAAAGCGCAUUUCUGUUUAUGCACGCGAACCCGUCUAACGUUAUUGUUAUUUCGCAGUUAUAUAAAGUAGCAAAUUAUCGUUCCUGAAUAGGUGGCGCCGUGGUAGCCGAUCCUGUACUUCAACUUCCGGUUUCUGCACUGUGCAACUAUUACAGUUGCAUUUUUAAUUAACGAUGCAAAGUACUUGUUGUUGUGUACCUGGAUGUCAUUUAAGAGGAGGACAUGCAUUUCCAAAUGACUUAAAAAGAAGGAAAAGUUGGAUCAACGCCAUGGCCCAUACGCAGAUUGGACGAGAACACGAUGAAAUCGUGGAGUCCAUCUCAAUCAGCUGUUGUUUGCAAGGCACAUUUUACUGAAAAAGACUACGUGCAGGAAACUAUUCAUGGGCACAAACCCACCAUACAGAGACUUAAGUCUACUGCCAAUCCCAGCCUAUUUUCCUGGACCAAGCAAGAGACUGAAUCGUCCGCAAAAAGAAAAAUCAGGGCAGUUUCCUGUGAAAACAAAAGAACUAAACUUGAUGAAUAUUGUAGUAGAAAUCUAGAGGAAAGUUUUGAUUGUAAAGUUGGUUUUCCUGAAGAAGUAAUUCAUACUGCAGACAGGAUUUAUGACUGUCCACCACCAACUGCCGAGCUAAUGUUGAGCUUCACAGAUGGAAUUACGCAAACACCAUCAAUGCCUAUAUUUUCAGCAGAGAAUUUUGAAAUGAAGACACGUGACACAGCCAUGCAUUUUUAUACCGGUUUAGAGUUGUAUACUAAAUUUUUAUUUGUUUUGACCACACUUGGUCCAACAGCACAUUGUUUGAGAUACAUAUAUUUUCAAAUUGAUAGGGUGUCAUUUGAAAAUCAGUUUUUUUAUGACUUUGAUGAAAUUGAUGCAUUAUACAACCAACUUUGAACUGUCUAGAUUCUAGAUUGAAACUAGUGUUAAGAAUAUUGUGUAAACAUGGAUUGUUUUUAG